UUCUCUCUCUCUCCCCUAUUCCUGUUAUCCCUUUUUGGGGUUCGUUCAGUUCAAGUAAAAACUCAGAAGUGUUCGAUUGUUAAUUAAUUGAUUGACUCGCAGAUAUAUUUCUUCAAUAUUCCGAUCUAAAUUGCGCCAGGGCUAUCUCGGAAGUAUUGGAGCUUACUGAUCGAGUCCCCUUUUUUCUCUCUUUUUGUGGAAUGGAUUGAACUUGGAAGGUUAAAGCAACAUGCGGUUCCUUUUGUUGUAGUUGUACUAAGUCGGGUGUCCAUUAACACCACCACAACGGCCAAGCUAUUUAAAUUAGUGGUUAUUAGCGAUGAACGGAAGCAUCCUCUAUAUUUGAAGCAGCCCCCUGCUCCAGUAUUUAGAUGGACCCUUAUUCGUCUGGAGAAGAACUUGUUGUCAAGACAAGGAAACCUUAUACAAUCACUAAGCAACGUGAGCGAUGGACAGAGGAGGAACACAAUAGGUUUUUAGAGGCUCUUAAGCUCUAUGGACGUGCUUGGCAGCGCAUAGAAGAACAUGUAGGAACCAAGACUGCUGUGCAGAUCAGAAGUCAUGCACAGAAAUUUUUUACAAAGCUAGAGAAAGAGGCUCUUAUUAAAGGAGUUCGAGUAGGACAUACUCUUGACAUUGAGAUUCCUCCUCCACGUCCUAAAAAGAAACCAAGCAAUCCUUAUCCAAGAAAGACAAGUGCAGGAGCUCCUACUUCGCAGACAGAAGUAAACGAUGAGAAAAUAUCAGCCCCUGUUUCUUCUUUAUAUGUGCAUAAAACAAAACUAGACUUGGAGAAAGAACCAGUUCCUGAUGAGAAACAUGUUGAUGAUGGAAAGAUGGGAAACACUAAGCAGUACCAAGAUGAGGACAUUUGCUCUGAGGCCGUGACCCUUCUCAAGACAGUUCCUCGUACCGCCCCAUCUUCAACAAACAAAAGUUCUUUGACAACAUCAGUUGGACCUAAAAACACAGACUCUGAAUUUCUCCUGACCUCUAAAGAGGCAAAUAAUGAGGAUGAAACAACUGAAUCCCAUAUCAUCAUUGAACAAAAAGGACAUCGGAAAGAUAAAUUUGAUAACAGCAACCUAUCUCAGGAUUAUGGUUUAUAUAAAACUUCAAACUUAGGAAAUUCUCAACUUUUACACGAGAAAUUUGUACAAGGUGAAGGACCAGAUGAGCUGAAUCGUUCCGAAAAUGUUGAUGCAUUUCCAAUCAAUGAUGUUCAAGCUUCUCAGCCCUAUCCUCGACAUGUUGCUGUUCAGAUUCUUGAUGGGAACUUAAGAAUGAAUAACAUUUCCCCAGAUGUACAAUAUCCAGAACCUAUGUUUCAUCAAAUGGGUGGAUUUACUGGACACCCAAAUCUAUUCAUGAAUCCUACUUCAUCUGCUGCUUCUGAAAAUCAAAGUAAUGGAUCAUCUUCCAUCCAUCAAACAUUUCCUAGUUUUCAUCCUAUCUCAAACCCAAUCCACAAUCAAGAUGAGUACCGAUCAUUUCUGCACAUGCCACCCACAUUUUUAAGUCUUAUUGUAUCUGCUCUGAUCCAAAAUCCAGCAGCACAUGCUACUGCAAGCUUUGCAGCUACGAACAGGCAAUUUACAAACAUGGAAGCUCCAGCAGAAUCCCCUUCAGAAGGAUUUCAGUCGAGGCAGAUAAGUUCAGCUCCUAGUAUGGCAGCAAUUGCUGCAGCUACAGUUGAAGCUGCAACUGCAUGGUGGGCAGCCAAUGGCUUACUCCCAUUCUGUUCUCCAUUUCACUGGGGAUUCAACUGUUCUCCCCCAUCAGCAUCAACAAUUCCUAUCGGCAUAAGUAAAGAUAGAGCAGCUAAUACUGAAAGAAGAGAAAACCUUCCUGAUCCUGCCACCUUAGGUGGUCAACAACUAGAACCAGAGUGCUCUGAGGCUUUGCAAGAACAACAUUCAGCUUUGAAGUCAUCAACAUUGUUAAUGUCAGAUUCUGUGGAAGGUGAAGGCACAAAGCCAAAUGUUGGAUUAACUACUACUGAAACUGAACAAACUGCAGAUGCAGCUAUGCUGAAUGAUUCGAACAAGUCAAAAAGCAGAAAGCAGGUGGACCGCUCCUCAUGUGGAUCCAACACACCUUCCAGCAGUGAAGUAGAUGCAGAUGCUUUGGAGAAUCAUUCUAAAGGAAAAGAAGAGAAGAAUGAGAAAGAUAAGGAGUCAAAAGAACCUGAUGUAAAUCAUUUAGCUCUUGACUCGACUAGUCAACGUUGUAGAAGCACCAGCAAUAUAAGUGAUUCCUGGAAGGAAGUGUCUCAAGGGGGACGACGGGCUUUUCGGGCACUCUUCUCUAGAGAAAUAUUGCCACAAAGUUUUUCCCCACCCCGCGAUUUAGAGAAAAAGGAUUUCAUAAAUAUCGAUAAGGAUAUAGAAAGUGCACAAGAGAGAGGUGAAGAUGGAUUGCAGUUAGACCUUAAAGGUAAGACGUGGGGUACCUCUUCUCGGAAGCUAGGAAUGGAAAAUAAUGCUACUUCGAUUGGUGCAAACAAAGAAGAGGGGCUCCUGAGUAUGCGACUUGGAUAUGUCAAGCUAAAAGCUCGUCGAACAGGGUUUAAACCUUACAAAAGGUGCUCGGUGGAAGCAAAAGGGAGCUGGGCACAGGCCAAUGGCCAGGAAGAAGAGAAAGGCCCCAAGAGAAUACGUCUAGAAGGAGAGGCUUCUACCUAAUUCUUCUUCUGAUGCUGCAAGCAUUUUCCACCCUAUCAUUUAGUACCAUUAGCCUUUAGUUUAUUUAUGUAAUAUGAAGGAUACAAAUAUAUUACUUGGGACUUUAUUUGAAUCAUGCAAAGGUAAUUCAAUAACCUUCUUGGAUAUGCACAUCCCAUCAGGCCCCUUUUCCUGCCUA